CUUAAUUACCAAAUACCAUUGAUUUCAAGAUUGAAUUAGUCACGACAUCCUUACUAAGACUUCACUACUAACACCUACAUUUUACAUGGAAUUUAAAACUCGCCAAAACACUGGAUCAAAAUAAUACUAAAGUUUUGCGUGUUGUGUAUAAUAAUGUUAAGCCCUCAGGGGUUUAUAAAGUGCUGAAUCAAUUGUUCCUGUGUGACAGACACUAACUAAUAUCAUUUGACCCCUAUGACAACUGCCAUUCUAGUAGUACAGUGAAGACACUCAUAUCCACAUUACACGGCUCAAGUAGCAGAUCACUACCAGCCAAGAGCUUUGCUUGUCUUGUUCAGGCUUGAUAAGGUUCGGCACGAAUUCCUUCGGCACCACAUAUUGUCAGAGAAGAAACCGCGACAAUCACGCGGUUUUUGUCGCUAACGAAGCUUGCCUACGUUCUUGAUCGAGGGCAAUAAGUUUCCCUUGAGGCAGAGAAAUCACUUCACACCGAGGACUCGUCUACAAGCAAAUCGCGGCAUGGGGGGUAAAAGUGAAAAUACUUCAGAGUGCAAAAGUGUGACCAAUUCGAGUCGGAAUUUACCGUCUCAAGACGACAAGGGAAGCGAAGCAAAAGGACGGAAGCACAAUGGCAGAUCGGCAAGUGGUGACAAGAAGAAUGAGAACACACAACCUUCCAAGUUGACUUACACUUCGGAAGAAGAUAUUUAUUAUGAACCUGGAGACUGUGUUUACAUCGACAGCCAAAGACCGGAUGUCGCAUAUUUUAUUUGUGCUAUCAAGGAGUUUCGAAUGAGCAAAAGAGACUCUCUGGUAGUGGUUGUCAGAUGGUAUUACCGACCUUCAGAGGUUCCUGAAUCAGUAUACCAGCUAUUAAUUCAAGAUAGAAAUGCUGAAAAUGGUUCUGGUGAUAACAUUCUUGAGGAUGUUGCAGUCAAGGAGCGGGAAUUGUUUAUUUCUGAUGCAACAGAUGUGUAUCCCGCAUCUGCCCUCAGGGGGAAGUGCAAGGUGAGGCCAUUUGUGGAGAUUACAGACUCUGUCAAAGGAUACAUUGAUAAGGAAGAUUGCUUUUUCUAUGUGCUUGGUUACAACCCAGAGACAAGGAGGUUGGCAAACACUAAGGGGGAAAUUAGAGUUGGAGUCAGCCAUCAGGCAACAUUGCCAGAGUGCUGUCCUUUUCCUGUGAAUGGAUUUGAGGACAGGGAAAAUCCAAUGGAGGAGCUGGUAUGGAAUCCAACUCUUGAUGAUUAUGAAUUGAUGAUGUUUCUGCGUGCUGCCAGGAGCAUGGCGCAGUAUGCAGGCAUGUGCAAUGGUGGAUCACCCGAGGAUGGUUACAGUGCUGUGUCUCAAGAUGCAACCACCAGCAAUGCACUUAAUGUACUUCAUCAGAAUAAUUAUGAUGCGGCCAAAGCUCUCCAAGCACUGGUAAAGAAACCUUACCCAAAGGAACUGGAAAAGAGAUGGUCUGAAGACGAAACGAAAAAGUUUGUCAAGGGACUACGGCAAUAUGGAAAGAACUUUUACAAGAUCAAGAAAGAGCUAUUAUCUCACAAAGAAACGGGAGAGCUUGUAGAGUAUUACUAUACAUGGAAAAAGACACCCACAGCACUUAGUUCUCGUCCACACAGGCGCCGCCGACACAACGUGCUCAGACGAAAAGCACUUCCCAGAUCAUCCAAAAGCAUUGUUAGUGAAUUUGUUGAUCUUAGUUCCUGUAGCGAAGAGGAUUAUGACAGCGACGACAGUGAAAGAGAUUUGAGCCUCUACUGUUGUCGCCAUUGCUACACUACUGAGUCUCGCAGCUGGCAUCAUGGCAGUCAAAACAAAGUGAUCUUGUGCGACGAUUGUCGUAUCUACUACAAGAAAUACGGCAAACUUCCUGCUACCGACGAAACACGCGAACCUCCUCCGUACAUGUUCAAAGGUGUUGUGGAAAGGGAGAUACGAGAUGAAGACGGGUAUUUGGUGAAUGGAAAGUUGGCUUUGCGAAGCAGAAGGGCUAUUCCUCCCGUCCAAACAACUUUACGAUCUGGACGUAACAAGACAUCCAGCCCUGUUGAAGGAGCAAACAGUGAAUCAUCCGUUGGGAGUCGGAGAUUAGCGAAGAUCAACAAAGUUCCCUCGCCAUCCAGUGGGAGCACAUCCAGUACAGGCAGUAAUGGAGGAAAAGACAAAGUUAAGAAGGGCAAACUGAAGAAAGGGAAGAAACGGCGACGAGAUCAGUCACCGGAAAAUCAAACAAAUGACAAGCGGAAAAAGGCUCAGACUCAGGAUUCUGACGAAGAUGCAAACGAUAAUGCCAGUGACACCAGCAGCACCACCGGGGGUAGGGACAGUGUGCUUCCAGAUCACGACGCCAGUAGUGUUUGUAGCAAUAGCAGUAACAACAAUGACGAGGUGGCUAGUAACCGUUCCUGUUCACCGGCUGAUGCUUCAGAGCCUAUUAAAUUGCCUGACAGAUUUAAGCGCCUGAUUUCUGGUGAGGAAGGACGAAGCUGUGCACGUACCGACGUCGUCUUCGUGCAUUCCGAAAAGCCGAAGAAGGACACGACUUGUUCUCGAGAAGUGUCCGUUUCUAAAGAAUCGUCAUCAAAGGCUGAGGCCAGUGAAUCUUCUACAGAAGUGUCAGUUCGAUCCAACGCCAGUCAGUCCCCGUACAACGCUCCAGCUACUGUUACUUCGCAUUACGAGGCGUCACUUCGAAAUUACAUGGCUGGAGGACAAUAUCACUUGUAUCCCCCGAAUAUACCGCCGGGUAUGUCAUCCCAGGGCAUCAAUAUAUCAGGAUUUCCACCCCCGAGUGUCGGAGUGGACUACAGAAUGCUUCCUUUCCACAUGUUCUCUGGAAUGGGCGUGGUCCCCGCCGGGGAUUCCAGGGAAAAUGCCGCGAAAUUUGCGGAAGGGUUUGAGCAAUGGUAUGCGCCUUAUCGCUCAGCCCAAUUGCAAUCUGGUCACCAUCUCUCUGCAAUCUCUUAUCUUCAGGGGCAGGGUAGGGCGCUAGAACAAAGCGCAUUGGACUCACGCAGCCACGAGUCCCUCCUCAAGGGGGGCCCUGGACGUGUUCUUACUACUGAUCCCGCUACAGGACUCCAGUAUUACGGACCUCAGCAACACUCGCAUUCUCAUCUUCACACGCAUUUUCACAUUCAUCCUCACGAGCAGCAACAACACCUUCAAAACUUACAAGCCGCUAGUCUUUCGGCUCUCGACCAAGCUUAUCUACAACAUCCAGGACUUACUUCAUGGAGGAACAAUCCGUCUCUAUGGCAACACCCUGAACUCAUGCAUCUUCACGGCAAUAAUGCGCGUGGCAUUUUCCCUGAAGAAUUAGCUGCCUUGCCGGUUCACGCGCUCGCGUCGACGCCUUUUGAUCGUCAGCUUCAGCAGCAGCUUAUAAUGAGCCCGCAAAGUAAAUAUCACUCUCAACAUAUGUUGGCUCAUGAAGAGUUUAUGCGAUACUGUAGACAGCAAAAUCGAGCCCAACAAAGACUUGAAAGCGAAAAAAUGAAUGACCAUUUUCUAUCGAACAUAUUUAAAAAGGAACAUCGAAAUCUGCAAAGUCCUUCACAGUUAGAAAAUGUAGUCAAGAAAAGCCUGGAUAGUUCUGGGAUGUACUCGUCGCCUUCAAAGAAACAACCCGUUACUAUUGACUUAUCAGACGAUUAAACUUGCUAUUUACCGUUCGUUGCGUUGUAGUUAAAUGCUAAUACGAAAACAAAGUAAACAUCUUUGAAUUUUUUUUUCUUAUUGUUUGUAAAUCGUGUAAAAUUAAGAGAAGUUCAGCAGCUUUCUGCGCUAAGAAAUAGUUUAACGUUUAUAUUUAAAAUUUUAACAUAUAUCUAGUGUGCUUCAUAAGAGAAAUUGCUUAUUUAUUUCUAACAAAACGCAGAUAAAUUAAGUUGGGAAUCGUUAAAAAUGGUGAUUUUUUAAAAUUUUCUUUCUGAGAUGGUAAAUUUACACAAGAAAAAACCUUUUCUGCUACUUUUCAAUAAUGGAUGAAAAAUUGUCCCACAUCACGGAAGUAAAACUUCAUUUCUUUCGUACUCAAAAACUAGAUCAGAAGAGUGAAGAAAAGUUAAACGAUAUAUAAAAGGAAAACUUUACGAGAUAUAUUUUAUUUAAACCUUCUGUUUUUUAGAGUUUGGAAAUAAUUUUUUUUUCAUUUCCUUUAAUAGGCAACCAUCGCAUAGAAAUUUGAUACGUUAUAAAAUUUAAUGAGCUGUAAAAACCUGGAAAUGAAAACCAAAAACGUUUAAAAUAAAAAGAUAGUUGUACAUUGAUAAGAUUCGUUCCCUAAAGGAAAUUUCAUUUCGUAGCAAGUAGUGUAUUGGCGUGCAGACGGAUACUAGGUGUCGGAAAGUAUUUCUGAUGAAAUAUUCCAGCAACAAAAUUCAUUGCAGAACAACAGCAAAGACUAACAGUCUGUUGACGACUAAAUUUGAGAAUUUUGCAGGUAAAAGGAAUUUAUACGAGUUUUACCUCAACUGUUACGAUGUCAACGAAACAAUAUAACUGUGACAUGUUUUCAAAAUAGUUCUAAGAGAAAAUAAAUUGACGAUGUGUAAAUAAAUUUUAUUUAUAGCGUUCUUGUAUGCGAAAGGAGUUGUAAUAAAAUCCUUUGGAAAUUUAA